GUCUAUAAUAUAAAUAAUAUUUUACUCUUUUUUUAUUUGGUAAUUUUAAAAUUAUAUAAAGAAAAUGUCUUCUUUGUUCAAUAAAAUAUCAAAUAUAUAUAACGCUUGAAGAUCAAAACAAAUUGUGUGAAACUAUAUUCACAUAGAGAGAAUGGCUACGCUUACGGUACCUCAUCCAGUUCCUCCUGUGGGCGACGAUUGUGACAAUCUACACAAAGCAUUUCAAGGAUGGGGAACAAAUGAAGAAGCAAUAAUCUCCAUAUUGGCGCAUAGGAAUACAAGUCAACGUAAUUCCAUUCGCCAAACUUAUGUUGAGACAUAUGGAGAAGACCUCAUGAAAGCAUUAGACAGUGAACUUUCAAGUGAUUUUGGGAGAGCAGUGCAGCUUUGGACACUGCAUCCUGCUGAGCGCGAUGCAUUGCUAGCUUAUGAAGCUGUAAGGAAGAACACUGCGAACGGCCAUUAUGUUUUGAUCGAAAUAGCUUGUGCAAGAAGUUCACACGAGCUAUUCCAAGUGAGGGAAAAUUACCAUGCUCGUUUCCACAAAUCGCUGGAGGAAGAUGUUGCAUAUCACACUGCAGGCGAUUUUCGCAAGCUAUUGGUGCCUCUAGUGAGUGCAUACAGAUAUGAUGGAGCUGAGGUGAACAUGACACUUGCUCAUUCUGAGGCUAAAAUACUGCAUGAGAAAAUAAGUGAGAAGGCAUAUAAUCAUGAGGAAAUUAUAAGGAUUCUCACUACUAGAAGCAAGGCACAACUCAAUGCAACACUUACCCACUAUAAAAAUCAGUUUGGGAAUGAUAUCAACAAGGACUUGAAGACAGAUCCAAAGGAAGACUACCUAGCAUUACUAAGAAGCACCAUAAAAUGCCUGACUUGUCCUGAGAAAUACUUUGAAAAAGUUGUUCGUUUUGCUACCAAAGGCCUUGGAACAGAUGAGGAGGCUCUUACAAGAGUGAUAGUAAGCCGAGCUGAGGUUGACAUGAAACGAGUCAUGGAAGAGUACUACAAAAGAAACAGUGUCCCACUUGAGACUGAUAUAAAAGGUGACACUUCUGGAGACUAUAAAGGCAUGCUGCUCGCCUUGAUUGGUCAUCACAAUGCCUAAGUUAUUUCCCAUUGUGCAUGUGUUUUCUUGGGUUUUUCAUUCUAAUAAAAAUAAAUGAUAAUAUGGACCCCUCUUUGUACUAAGAUUUCAUGAGACAGUUAAAGAUGUUCUUGUCAUUUCAAAAUCACUAGAGGAUUCUGUAUUCUCAAGCAAAGAAAAAAGGGAAUUUGGCUUUACUUUGUAUCAUAUUUACUAUGUUGUGAUAAUAAAGGCUAAUUAGAAUAUUUAUCCCCUGAACUUUAACAUGUACCAAAUCAUGCUUCCUGAAAUUUUUUUGGCCGUUAAAAAUUCCCUCUAAA